AACGGCGGCGGCAACGGCGGCGGCGGCGGAGGUGAAGGAGAGGUGUUACACUGUGGAUUCGCGUGACGUAACUCCGGUAUACGCCAUCGCCGUGGCCUCCUCGCCGCGACUCGCGGUCGUUUAGGGAUUGGCGUCGGUGUGUUGGUCCGCGCUCCAACCACCCACCCACCUACCUACCUACUCUUUCUCAUCCCCUUGCUACCCCACUCUACCACCCACUCAUCCCUCCAUGGACCCACCACCGGAACAUGUCGACCGUAUCGGGGAACGACCCAUGAUUCUCCGUGAUGUGGCUGCGGACAGGAGAGAUAGCUGCUCCGGCAGCCAGUCGGGCAACAACCCCUAUAUGCGCAUACACGGACGAAUGGCCGCACGUAUACGUACACACGAAUACACACAUAUAGAUACACAUAGACGUAGACACGGACACGAGUACGCGAGUACGCCCUUCCCGACAAGAGGGAGAGAGAAAGAGAGAUGAGUAGGUACGUCGAGGCUCGAAGCCACCCCGUCACGGAGAAUGCUUCGGGACUUCGCGCGACCUCCUCGGCACCGCGUCGGGACCACGAGCUCGGCUGUACGUCGUUCUCUGGCGAUGCUCGACUUUUGAGCAGCUGCGGAGGAGAUGGGCACAGGAGACAGAUUACUUGAUAUACUGUGUGAUGUAUGCGGUGACCGUAGUUCCGGAAAACACUACGGCAUCUACAGUUGCGACGGUUGUUCGGGAUUUUUCAAGCGUAGCAUACACAGCAAUCGAGAAUACAUCUGCAAAGCCCAGGGUGCCAAAAAAGGACGUUGCCCGAUCGACAAGACCCACAGGAAUCAAUGCCGUGCUUGUCGUCUCGCUAAGUGUUUUGAAGCUAAUAUGAACAAGGACGUACAACAUGAACGUGGACCGAGAAAACCGAAACCCCAUGCGAUUAUCUCGGAGAAACAACAUCAGCAACAGUCACCGAUUCAGUUAUCCCCUCAUUCUGCAGCUCCGGUGCACAAUGAUCGGUUAAGACCAGCACUCGCUCCCCCGUAUGUUCUAUCGCCACACAGAAGGUUAAGGUGCGACCAAAGAUUCACGCCUUAUCCACGACCGAUGGCGCUGGUACAGAAACCACCCGAGGAAUCACCAUCCCCCGUGCCGUUGGUUCUACCGCACCCUCGCACGACUACGACCCUCUAUCAGGCGGCCACGACCGUCUCCCUAGCACCGCAGCCUCCCCUUCUGCAGAUACUGAUGUCCGCCGAGGAAUGUCAGGAAUUAGUUUGGAACGCGCGAUUGCAACCCACAGCGGAAUACCCGAUGGAGCAAGUGGAGGCAGAAACAAGUCAGAGUCCGACGGGCACCAUACAGAGCUUCAGUCCGACCUUGGAGAUACUGCAGGAAACAACUGCUCGACUGUUAUUCAUGGCUGUCAGAUGGGUGCGAUGUCUGCCACCUUUCCAAACGAUAUCGAAAGACGACCAAUUACUAUUACUGGAACGAUCCUGGACGCAGCUAUUUCUCCUACACUUGGCACAGUGGUCCGUUUCCUGGGACAUUACCGCGCUCCUCGAGGACGAACAAGUGCGCGGCAGGCUUCCCACGGAUGACAAUCCGACAAAUCAGGAACUCGUCCUCAUUCAGGCUAUAAUAUGCCGAUUUAGGCAACUAUCUCCCGAUUUCGGCGAGUGCGGUUGCAUGAAAGCAGUGGCUUUGUUCACACCAGAGACAGUGGGCUUACACGCGGUUCAGUCUAUUGAGAUACUGCAGGAUCAGGCACAACGCAUCUUAGUCGACUACACGAGAUCACGAUAUCCGCAACAACCGGGCAGAAUUGGCAGGCUGAUGAUUCUAGUCGGAUACCUGAGGUGCGUAUCUUCGAAGACCGUCGAACGUUUGUUCUUUCACGAAACCAUUGGGGAAAUACCGAUCUCGCGCUUGCUAGUCGAUAUGUAUCAGAUGGAAAGAUACAUCAACUGAAACGCACUUGCGCAUAAAUCUGUCAGGACCAGCGAGCUCGCAGCUUUCCAAAACUUUUCCGACUCUUUCACGUGUAGCCAACGGCAGGAUAGAAUAAGAAAAGUUUUCGAAAUCUGUAGUGUCCCCGCAAGUUUUCUUUCUGUCGGUUCGCGCUCGCGAUUAUGUAGUAUAGCGUUGAUACCCAAAAAAUGGAAAAUAGUUAUGUAAUUGUUUUAACAAAUCCAUCAUAAAAUGAGAUUUGUGUACAUUACCGCUGUUAAAAAAAUUAUCCACUUCUCAUGUCGGUUAUUUUUCUAGAAAGUUAGCUAUAAAAUCAGAUUUCUUCGUUCGUUGUUGUUUUUCCAAACAUUUAAUUACUUUCUAGUUUUAAUGAUAAUUGAAAUAAAGAAUAUAUACGUGUAUGCACUUGCUUCCUUGUGACAUACUCUUAUUUAAUAAAUAUGCUUACGUUUAUCUGUUUUUAUUAUGUAUCAUUUUAUUAUACGUUUAAAAUAUGAUGCCCAAAUAUAUUAAAUCAGAGAAAUGGUUAAUAUAUGCAUUUCUGACGAUGCUGGGCACUCCGUUUUGCAAACGUUCACAUAUUACUAUCUACUACUCAUACUAUUGCACUCUUAAAUAAAUCAAAAAUUACUUGCUUGAUGAAUAUAUUAAACAAUUGUGAUAAUUUUGACAAUUUUAUCCAAUUUUCAAACAAGAAAAAGCGGCAAAUUAAAGAUUUUCGAGCAUUAGACAUGAAUGUAAGUACUCGAAUAAUAUAUUGGUAAUUGUAAACUGUAGAAAGAGGUAAUAAAACUAUGUGCAGUUUUUGUUGCAUCCAAGUGCGUUACUUAUCAGUGUAGAUCACAAAAGUCUUGUCAGAAAGUUUAUGUUAAUGAUCAAAUAAAAAACAUUUAUUUACCAUUAACAAUGAAAUUGUAUUUCAAAAUAAUUGUUACGAUCUAUCUUUAAAUCUUUUUGUUAAUAAAUUUAAUUACUUUGUUAUACAUAUACGUAAUAGUCUACACAGGAUGAGUUUUAUUCUGCAGUAAUAAAUGUCUUGAACAAACAUGUAUUUAUAUCUGUUUUUUUUUAUAUUUUAAGCUAUUUUAUCGAUAUCAAACAAAGUCUGUUUUAAUACACACUCUUAAUAUAAAAUAAGUGGCAUGUUGUUAUUAACAAUAAAAUGACUUCCA